AUUUCACAUUGGAGCGAGCACAAAGAAGAAUGUGAUAGAUUAAAGCAGCAUAUGAAGCACAUUGAUUCGUUGAAUGAAUUUCCUUUUACUUUUUCAAUUCAAGCUACAAUCCAGGUGUGUGAAAAGCGGGAGACAAGGUGCUCAUUAUUGAGAAAAUGGGGCAUCCAUCAACUGGGGAUGUGGUUAUAUGAAUGCCAAUGUGGGACAUCAGUUGCUUCUUUUAGCUGCUCCAGUUUAACGGAUAAUAGUUGGAAUCUUCCAGAUAUCAUGUGCCCAUGUAAUGAGACUGUUUCUUCUCCAUCAAAACAUUUUUGUACUUGGAAAGAGUACUACGAGUGGCGGUACAUCCCCUUAGAUUCACCUGUUGCAUUGCUUCUUCACUGGCCUCUUACAAUCUACCACGCAACUCAAACUGGUCUGGGAAGCCGAAUUUCUGAAACCAAUCAAAAAUUGCACAUACACUAUCUUGCUACUCAUCAUUGGCCUUUGCAUCAGCUCGAUAUCAAAAAUACUUUUUUUCAUGGAGAUCUUCUGGAAGAGGUGUAUAUGGAGCAACCUCCUGGGUUUAUUGCUCAGGGGGAGUCAAGGUCCAGAGAAAGAACUUCUACAGCUUGCUGUCUUUGCAGAGCUGCAUGCACUUUUUCCUGGUAUGGAUGUACACAUAGAGUUUAUUGGACCGGCAGUUCCACAAUGGAUGGUCAGAGUUUCACUCUUCGCAAAUAUGCACGCUGCAUUAGCACAGACUGCUCUUGCAGAUCAACUGAGGAUGUCAGCUGGGGCUUACACACUAGUAAAUCUGCGACAGUAUCUAUGAAACUUCGAAGAGGGUUUUAUCAUGACUGCUACAGAGAUAUAGUAAAGGAUUCAUCUCCUCAUUUGAUCAUUGCUCCAAAUGCUGGGAUUGCUGCAUAUUCAAGUUGGUUACCAACGAUUGAGCUAAUAAAGGAAAUAAACGUCCCAGCUGUUUUUUCUGACUACUGCGAAGAAGCCUGCAAUCUUGGAGCUAGAUACAUAACCAGCAUAACUGGGAGUCCCCUCUCGUUUCCUAUUCAGUUAAAUCCAUUCAGGCAACCAAUGGUGGUCGAGGAUAGUGCUUUGUUUCUUCCUUGCUAUUCGAAUUGCUUCCUCUUUGGAAUGUGAGCAUGUUGUGGGUGCAUGCAAUCUCUGAAAAUUGAUAUUUUUUUUUACACCAUUUUAGAUGAAAGAAAUAAUGGUUUAUUUUUAUUAUCUUUGUUGUUGUUGUUAUUGUUAUUGUUAUUGUUAUUGUUAUUAAUAAAUAGUCUUGAAUAGUUUCUUUAUGCUAGAAUGUUGACCUUUGUUAUUCGGAAUAAUCUCAUCAAUAUCCAAUUUUUUUUU